AGCUGGAUGCUUUAAAAGCCCUGUCCACGGCCCGGGCUACACUGCAGACCAACUGAGCGCAACCGAGAGCGGCUACGUGCGCGUUUAUAGAAAGCUGGGACGCUUGAAUAUAUAUAUCUACAGUCCAGCUCUGAGAAAAGUGAUGCUGCUUGUAAGGAUGGGCUCGGCGGCACUGCUGUGCGCUCUGCUAUUGACUCUGGCGGAUCGUGUCUGCAUGGGGAUGCAGCACAAGAUAAGACCACCCGCAUGGUUCCCUAAAGCUACAGGUGAAGGCUAUAACGCUGCAGUUCACCAGUCCAGCAGGUACCCACUGUACAUGAUGCAGCUCUACCGAGACUACAAGUCUGUGGACGCGGGAAGGAGCAGCACCCUAAGAGAUGCCAGACCAACUCUCCAUCAGUCCGACUCCGUGCUCAGCCUAGUCGCUAAAGACUGUCAUCAGGUUGGGGAGAGAUGGGCUGUCACUUUUGACAUGUCCUCUCUUUUGUCCAGUGAAGACAUUCAGCUCUGUGAGCUUCGCAUCCGCCUCCCCGCCUUCUCCUCAACCAAACGGGCUGUUGUUGAUCUCUACCACUCCAGGGAAGAUGCCUGCGAGCCGGGAGACGAGUCCUGCCCUGAGCGGCGCCUCUUUCUAGGCAGCAUCAAACCGUCGGUGGGCGCUGCUGUCUCCUCUUCAUCCUGGCGGGUUUUUAACGUGACCGCUCUGCUCACGCACUGGCUGCGCAGAGGAGGCGGGGAGGACCGCUCUCUGCCCAGAGAGAUUUUAUCACACAGACAAGAUAAAGACACUACAGAGGGCAGUGGAGAAUACGCCGCCGAUCCUUUACCUGCAAGGAUGCGCAAAAUACGUCAUCCCACAGCAAACAGGAUCAUGGUAGUAGUGUUUUCGAAGAGCACGCGGGCUCGCGAUCACCUGCGCGCCCCGACUCUCAUCCGCACAGUGGAGCUCUCCAAAUACGUGCUCCUGCAGCGCGCCGGUGACGUCACCCCGAACCGUCGGCACAAGCGGAACCGCAUAGAUAUGGAUCACUAUCGGCCGAUGCAUGGUGAGGGCGUGGCCAAUUCCUCUGCAGAGUCUGCGCAGAGACCGCUGUGCAGAAAAGUGGACAUGUGGGUGGAUUUUGACCAGAUCGGUUGGAAUGAAUGGAUCGUGCACCCAAAACGCUACAACGCGUUCCGCUGCGAGGGGGCGUGUCCCAUUCCGCUGGACGAAUCUUUCAAACCCACCAAUCACGCCUACAUGCAGAGUCUGCUGAAGCUCUAUCACCCGGAGAGGGUCACCUGUCCGUCCUGCGUACCCACCCGUCUCAGCUCGCUCUCUAUGCUAUAUUAUGAGGGGGAUGAUGUGGUUCUGCGCCACCAUGAGGACAUGGUUGUAGAGGAGUGUGGCUGUCACUGAGAGGAGCGGGAGACUUGUGUUAGUCCCUCUAAACCCCCGCCCGACCCCGGAUGCUCUUGCUUUUCUCAUGUUACUAUUCCUGCUAUCAUCAUCAUCAUGUCGCACGUUUUAAGAAACGAUUACCUUUAUGUUAAGCGAUAAUUUUCUCCGACCAGAUAUAUUUAAUAUUUAAAUAUAACCUAUAAUUUUAAACGUUUAUUUUACUGAAUUUUCAAUAAUUUGUAAUUUUUGUACAAAAUGUAUAUAUUAUGUUCAAUACAAAUAUG